AAACGUCACAACCUGCAACCAGACAAACUGGAAAAAUGGCGACCAGUUUACUGCGGCUCCCACUGCGACUUUCCACCAAAAAUAUGGGGCUAGUGAGUCGUAACACCGGCCUCAAAACAUCAAACAUAUCGAAGACGACGCAGAGCCGGAGCGCAGUAUCAACGCCAUCGGGGGCAAUCUUACCGAAACCGAAUAAAACAUCCUUUGGUCUGAUCCGCUUGACAGUGGUGGUGGUGCCUUUCCUGUAUGUGGGAACUCUGAUAAGCAAGAACUUUGCAGCUCUCCUGGAGGAGCAUGACAUCUUUGUCCCUGAGGAUGACGACGAUGAUGACUGAGCUAACUACAGAAAAAGUAAAUGCUUAAGGGUGCUUUGCAAUAUGGACUGAAAGCAUACCAGCAAGCAACAGGAAGAGAG